CACACACACACACACACAGACCCUGACCCUGAUGGUUUGUGUCUCUUCAGGGACUCGGACAAACCGAAGUACUGCAUUGAGCUGUCGUCCCACCCGGUCGGUCUGGUGCGAGUCGGCAAGAACGUGGUGGUCGGCUGCAGCGACGAGAGCCUGCAGAGCUUCACACAGAAGGGGAAGAGGCUGUGGACCGCCGUCCUCCCGGCGCCCAUCACCACCAUGGCGCCCAUGGACCUGCCGACUCGGGGCUUCCAGGCGGUUCUGCUCGGCCUCGCCAACAACGAGGUGCAGCUGUACCGGGACAAGAACCUGCUGAGCACCAUCAGGACGCCCGACGUGGUCACCAGCAUCUGCUUUGGCCGCUACGGCCGCGAGGACGGCACGCUCGUCAUGACCACGCGGAAGGGCGGCCUGAUGGUGAAGAUCCUGAAGAGGACGGCGACCUUCGAGGACCGGGACGGCGCGCCCGGGCCGCCGCUGGCCCAGAGCGUGCGCCUCAACGUGCCCAAGAAGACCAAGCUGUACGUGGACCAGACCCUGAGGGAGCGGGAGAACGCCGUGGCCAUGCACGGCGCCUUCCAGAUGGACCUGAGCCGCCUGCGCCUCGCCGCCGCCAAGGCCUACGUGAAGGCGCUGGAGUCCAGCCUCACGCCGAUGUCCGCCAGCCUCACGGAGCCGCUGAAGAUGAACGCCGUGGUGCAGGGUCUGGGCCCGUCCUUCAAGCUGACCCUCAACAUGCAGAACACGGCGGCGUGCCGGCCCGUCAUCAACCUGGCCGUCAGCUUCCUGUACGACGAGGGCCUGUACCGCAUGAGGAACCCCUACAUGAGGAUCCCGCUGCUGGUCCCCGGACUCAUCUACCCCGUGGAGACCUUUGUGGAGUGCACCAGCGACCGGGGCGUCUCUGACAUCAUCAAGGUGUUCGUCCUGCACGAGGGGCGGAGCUCGCCGCUGCUGACCGCGCACAUCAACAUGCCCGUCAGCGAGGGGCUCACGCUCAGCUGAUCCCCCUCAGCUGAUACCCCUCGGCUGAUCCCCCUCAGCU